AACAGGCCUUGGUCUCUAAACUUCCUUUUUUGCUGGCUUCAGCUUUUAACUUUGUAGAAACUAAUUUCAGUUUCAAGUAUAGCUAGAAGACCUUUUUUCUUUUACAUGUAAACCUUUUUUGUAUUUUAAGUUCCCACUAUGAACAAACGCUUGUAGAAGUUGAUGCUCAUGCUAGAGGGUUAAGAGAUGAUGGGGUUAUGUGUUAAUGAGGGCAUGAAAAGAUAAAGGUCAAGAACUGGGUUUAAUCUGCUUCAUUUAUUGGGUGGCUAAUUCAUACUGAUAUGACUGAAGGUUAAGGUGAGUACCAUAACAUGUUACCAUUGGCAGACAGAUUAAGAAAUUGAAUAUCAUGCUGACUGAUGGUAUGAUUCUAAUUCUGUUAGUUGUAUUGACAAGCUCUUGGAAGGCACAUAAGUCCCAUGAAUAUGCUGAUUGGUACUUUUACUGUUAGCAUUGUCUACUCCAUCAUCCUGAGGUUUUUACUCUUUAUUUUACAAUUUUCAUAUUUUGGAUCUUGUGGGAAAUUGCAUACUAGAUUGAAUUUGUUCCCUUUCCAGUUUUUGCGUGUGCAGAAAUAUUGUCCUGGUUUUAUCCUUCUAACCUUGGAAGAAUGCAUAUCUUCCCUCAUUUUCUUAUAUUCUUUGGUGUUUGGUCAUUAACAAAUGGGAAAACAAAUUGAUCAGAUUAUGUUUACAUAUGAUUUAGUCACUUAUUGAGGAUGUGCAACAACAAUAAGGAGAAUAUAUUGGGUAUCUGUUUAAACAAGCCACUCUUAGUCUACCCUUUCCUACCACUUCUUAGGAGGGAGAAGUUUAAAGGUUUCUGCUACUGCUUUGUUUGCUGCAAAGUUGAAAUUGACUUGUUUUAUGGCUAAUAGGUGGACUUGUUUUGUUUUAUGGACUUGGACUUCUUUAAUUGACAUGGCUCUGUUUUAUGGAUUUGUUUUAAGCUUUAAUUUAUGGACUUGGCUUUGCCUUUGUUUGCUGCAAUGUUGAUUAAUAUACUAAGGUGAUUCAA